AUGGGAAUGCUUUAUCGUUUUACAAGCAGUCGCGCCUAUGGAACAGGAAGUUCGUCAUGUAUCCCAAAAACAUUCUAUUCUGGAAUCGAAGCAGCUGUUACAGGCGACGAAAACGGUGAAAAUGGUUUGGUAUAUAUAUGGACUUCGGAAAAACAAACAUCAAUGCAAGAUUACAUCAAUCAUGGUGUUCAAGGAAUCAUGACGAAUCGAGCUGCUUUCCUGAGGGGACUAGUAAUUUCAAUGGAAUUAACAAUUGCUAAACCCUCUGAUUCUAUUUCUGUAUCGACGAAAAUUGUGUCAUCACAAAAUGCAUGUGAUUGUAGCUAG